GUAGUGUUUAUUUGCUCUUGUGCCUACCUAAACUGUUAUGUACUAGUCCCCUUAAACAAAUGACCAGUGCCUGCAAGCGUAAAGACUACCUUUCUUGGGAUGAUUAUUUUAUAAGUGUCGCAUUUCUCUCCUCAAUGCGAUCGAAGGAUCCACAUACCCAAGUGGGCGCCUGUAUUGUGAAUCCUGAAAAUAAAAUUGUGGGUAUUGGCUAUAACGGAAUGCCGAAUGGGUGCAGCGACGAUGUACUCCCCUGGAGCCAAGAAGGUCCUUUUUUAGAAACAAAAUAUCCCUACGUGUGUCACGCAGAACUGAACGCCAUACUCAACAAGAACAGCGCUAGUGUGAAAGGCUGUCGCAUGUACGUGGGGGACUUUCCUUGCAACGAGUGCUGCAAGUUGAUCAUCCAAGCGGGCUUAGUGGAAGUCGUCUACAAUAAGGACACAUCACCGAAGCAUCCACCGUACGUCGCUGCCAGGCGUCUGCUUGAACUGGCCGGUGUCUCCUACAGGCAGUACACUCCCACCGUUCCCCACGUGAAUAUCGUGUUUGCCAAGGCAUCCCAGUGAUAAGCCCAUAGUCUUGAAUGUAAUUCGACGUGCUACGUGAACUUUUUCUUUUAGAGAAUCUUAUCAAGUUAACUCAAUCUUGGCGCGGAAAA